AUGAAGAAGAAUAAUACGAACAAGCUAAUGAACGAAGCCCGUCGCCAAUUUUACAAGAACUUCAUCGAGACAAAUAACUCUAAUCAACAUAAGUUAUUCGCAGCCGCGAAGAAAUUACUUAAUCAUGGUGACAAGAGAGUUGCGUUUCCUCCUUCUGUUGAUAUACUUGAAUUUGCUAACCAAAUGGGUACUUAUUUCGUUGAAAAAAUCCAUAAUAUUCACACUAAUCUUGAAAAUAUUGGGCACGAUUUACCCGAGUUUGAAGUUUAUAACACAUCUGAAACAACUGCUCAUCUAAGUAACUUUAACACACUCACCGAAGAAGAUGUUCGAACGCUUAUCAAAGAGUGCGGAAAAAAGAACUCUGCUGUCGACCCCAUGCCAACGUCACUGGUGAUCGACCUAAUCGAUGUGUUAUUACCGACUAUCACCAAGAUAAUUCAUCUGUCAUUGGACUCAGGGACGUUUGCUGACGUCUGGAAAUGCGCUCUUGAAACCCGCUCUUGA